CGCAGGAGGCGCGGAAGCCCCAGGGCAGGCGCUGCGGUUCAGACCUCCGCCGCCGGAUGGCGCUGUGGGCGGCCUCUGCCGUUCGGUGCGGGGCCCGCUGCCCUCUCGCUGCUGCCGGCCGCGGCGGGUGGCUGCUGGGGCGCGGCGAUGGCGGCGGGCGGGGAGCGGAGCAGCACGCGGGACAGGCUGCUGGCGGCGCUGGAGGAUCUGGAGCUGCUGGCCAGGGAACUGAUUGAAAUUUUGGCAAUUUCAAGAAACCAGAAACUCCCACAACCAGGAGAGGAGAGCCAGAUUCUGGAGUUGCUGAUUCAGAGAGAUGGAGAGUUUCAGGAAUUAAUGAAACUGGCACUUGAUCAGGGGAAAAUUCAUCAUGAAAUGCAGCUAUUAGAAAAAGUAGUUGAAAAGAGGGACAGUGAUAUUCAGCAGCUACAGAAACAACUGAAAGAAGCAGAACAUAUACUGGCAACAGCUGUUUAUCAAGCAAAGGAAAAACUAAAAUCAAUAGAAAAAGCAAGAAAGGGUGCUAUUCAUCUGAAUGAGAUAAAAUAUGCCCACAGGAUUAGUGCUAGCAACGCUGUUUGUGCUCCUCUGACAUGGGUACCAGGGGACCCACGCAGGCCAUAUCCUACAGAUUUAGAGAUGAGGAGUGGCCUUUUGGGUCAGAUGAACAACCCAUCCACUAAUGGAGUUAAUGGACACUUGCCAGGGGAUGCACUUGCAGCAGGUAGAUUGCCAGAUGUGCUUGCCCCUCAAUAUCCCUGGCAGUCGAGUGAUAUCUCAAUGAACAUGCUACCUCCUAAUCAUAGCAAUGACUUUAUGUUGGAGCCUCCAGGGCACAAUAAAGAAAAUGAAGAUGAUGUAGAAGUUAUGUCAACAGACUCCUCAAGCAGCAGUAGUGACUCAGAUUAAGUAUCGAAAAGGGACAACAUCCCAACCAAAUAGACUUUUAUUUCCUCUGGUGAAGGCAUGUUGGACACUGUUCAUCAAAAGCUGCAAUACCAGCCUGAUACGUUGGCUUCACUGUGCAGUGAGAAGACACAGCCUGUUUAGAUCUAGGGUUGUGAUUUUAAAAUGGUGAACUCUUUGUUGAUCUAGAUAUUAUUCACUAGGUGCUCAAUUAAAACAAGCAAAAAUUGGUGGUAACUUUUUGUCGGAGAGAGCUUUGCCUGCUUUCCAGUGAUUAUGUUUUUUGUAAACUAUAUUUUUUUACUAUGCAUUAGACAAAGUAAGUUUCUGGAAAAGAAGCUGUAAGGGAAAUCCCCUUGGAUGUUUGUUAAUAACUUCACUCUUUUGAUAAUAGCCUUUCUAUUAAGGCACAAAAAAUGUGUACAGCUGUGUAGAUUUUAAAAGUUGGCUGCUUCGUUAGCUACUGCCAGAACUCAAAUGUUGGAUCAUCUUGUGUGUUUUGAGAACAAAAAUGUGAUGUGACCAUAAGCUGUUAUACAAAAAUAUUUUUGUAAUUAUUGUAAUAUACAGUGAAUUUGUUGUUAUAAAUAAAAAAAACUCAACUUUGAUGUACUUUU